AUGACUGCUCCUCUCAAUGUCCCUAAGCCUGAGCUGGCAGAAUACUUGUGCUGGCGGUGUCAGCUGCGAUACAAAGGUGUGAAGGACCCAGAGCAAUACAAGGCUGCGGACUGGGUGGGCCCACCCUCAGAGGAGGAGUGUCGAUCCGAGCCGGAAUAUCUGUGUGGAGGCUGUUUUGGUCUACUAGAGGAUCCCUGGGUCUCUGGGCACGAGAAUCGGGUGAUGGAAGAGAUUGUUGCGGCGAUCGAUGCAUCAGGGUUUGAGGAUACCUACGAUCUUGUCCUCUCAACUCGUUUAUCACCUGCUCUGGUCGUCCGAGGAUUCAUCGAGAAGGUCCUCUACGAGCGAGGGGAAGUCGAUGAGGUACCAGAGGUUCGAGAGGUCCUCCGAUGGGUGCUCUUGCCUGAGCUUCAUCGCAAGAUGCGGGCUAUGACCCCUGGCCUGACGGAGGAAACUCUUGCAGGGUCAGGCCCAGUGGCGGAAGCUUUCUUCAGGGUGAAUUCUCCGGCUGCUGACCAGUUGGAGUGCUCAGUGUUGGCCAGUGAACAACGCAUCAAGCCGCCAUCGCGUUGGAAGGACGAUAGGAAAUUUGCUCGGAAGGGAGGGAAGGGUAAGGGAAGGUGGCGCAGAGACAAGGACAGGCGAGGGUCCUCUAGCGACCCUACCAAUGAGGAGUCCUCCCCUGAAAGCUCCGAAGAGUUGCCAUCAACCAAUACCAUCAUUAAGGCGAUGAAAGGGCAGAGUUCCGACAGGCUGGAGACUCUACUAGGUGGUGAUGCGAUCUCUGAUAAGGUUGGGGAUGGUCACUGGAUGGCAGGUGUUGAUGACCUUGCCCAGUGCAUGAGGGCAUACCCCAACACGACAGAUGAGUUCAGACCAACGCUGGAGGCAGUGAUCAGUCGUGAUAGCAUAUAUCUCUUUGGGAGGUAUAGGAAGUUCAGUCGGAAGAUCUCCCAGACCCCCUGGCUGGUCCAUGAUGGAAGCAAACCCCGUAGUCGGUGUGAGACCUCUGCCUCGGAGAUUGCGCUGAAGCCGAUCUGCGAGGCCCUUGGAGCGGACUGGACACGCUGUAGUUUCUGCAGUGCUGGUCGUGAGGAUGUCGAUGUACGUAUGCUCGGUAAUGGUCGCCCAUUCGCUGUGGAGAUCCCUGAGGCCCAUAGGAAUCUGCUCUUGCCGCACCACAAGGUGUCAUGGGAUGCCCUUGCGGCCAAGACGGACGCCUUUGAGGUUAUGUUCAUCCAUCCGGCGGACAAGCAUGUGAUGGAGUGGUUGGGCUGGUCUAGUGAGCGCCACACUAAACUGUACGUAUGCAUGGUGUGGAGCGAAGACCCGGUCACAGCGGAGGUGGUGGCUCGCGUGAACGCCAUGAAGGAAGUCGAAAUACAGCAGCGGACUCCCCUUCGAGUUAUGCAUCGACGAGCCAACGCCAUGCGAAGGAAAAUGAUGCACAGCAUAACCUGCGAGAUGGUGAACCCUCAUUAUCUCAAGGUGUCCCUUGCAUGCAGUGCCGGAAUGUACAUCAAAGAGUUCGUCCAUGGCGAUUUCGGUCGGACCAGACCGUCCAUGGCCGAUCUACUCAGCUCGAAACAUUGUGAUAUACUGCAGUUGGAUGUUGGUGACCUCGUUGAGGAAGAGGACAUGAAGGACUACGUCCCCCUCAAGUGUCGCGAGGCAGAGCGUCAGACCGAGCUGGCGGACAGAGCGGCUGCAAGCUCAUCACCAGAAGAAUAAGGAUAAUCAGGAAUGUCCAGUGCGCUAAUGAGGAGGUCUCUCACUGUCUCUACC